UACAAUCGCUCCAAGUAAACCCCAACCCCACCAACUCUCUAACAGUAAACUCAACCACUUUCCCCCAAUACUCUUCCUUCUCCCUUCUAACCCACACAAUGAGCACUAUCAUGAUCCUAAUUCCAUUUAUAGUAGCUUCAUUGUUCCCACAUUUUCAAGUGUCUCAGCCUCUGACAUCAUCACUAUUUGCAAAACAAGGACAAUGGAAUCUCAUGCGACCCAACAUUGGCAUAUCAGCAAUGCACAUGCAACUUCUACGCAACGACAAAAUCAUCAUCUUUGACCGAACCGAUUUUGGCCACUCAUCCAUUCCUCUUUCCAAUGGCCGUUGCCGCAUAGACCCCUACGACAUUGCCCUAAAAAUCGAUUGUUCUGCUCACUCAGUACUAUACGACGUUGCCACAAACACGUUACGACCCUUAAUGAUACAAACAGACACGUGGUGUUCCUCAGCCUCAGUUCUUCCCAACGGCACAUUGAUCCAAACCGGUGGCUACAACGACGGUGAACGUAGCAUUCGCAUGUUCACCCCAUGCUACGAUGAAACAUGCGAUUGGGUUGAAUUCCCACGAAUGUUAUCACAAAGAAGAUGGUACGCAACGAACCAAAUACUCCCAGAUUCUCGUGUCAUUGUUGUUGGAGGAAGAAGACAAUUCAACUACGAAUUCUUACCUAAAAACCCUAAUCCUAACAACGAUUAUCCCUCAGCUAUUCCCUUUAGCUUUCUCCAACAAACAAGUGACGCAAGUGAAAAUAAUUUAUACCCUUUCGUGCACCUUUUACCCGACGGAAACCUAUUCAUCUUCGCCAACACGAAAUCCGUGUUAUUGGACUACAAACAAAACCGUGUUAUAAAACAGUUCCCUCCAAUCCCAGGUGAAGAACCUCGUAACUACCCCAGCUCAGGCUCCUCCGUUCUUCUCCCCCUGGACGAAAACCUAGGUUCCCCCGAAGCCGAAGUGGUGGUCUGCGGCGGAGCGCCACGUGGUGCGUUUGACAGCGCCACACGUGGGAAUUUCAUGAAAACCCUAGCCACGUGCGGGAGGCUGAAACUCACUAACCCUAGCCCUACUUGGGUGAUGGAGUACAUGCCAAUGCCGCGAGCAAUGGGAGACAUGGUUCUCCUCCCUAACGGCGAGGUCGUUAUAAUUAACGGCGUGGCCGCGGGGACCGCCGGCUGGGAAAACGGCCGUGAACCGGUGCUAACGCCGGUGAUUUUCCGUCCAUCGGAGACGGACUCCGGCGAAAAGUUCAGCGUGAUGGCACCCGCGUCAAGACCUAGGUUAUAUCACUCUUGCGCGGUGUUGGUAAAAGAUGGAAGAGUUUUAGCUGGUGGUAGCAACCCUCACGUUUAUUACAACUUCACCGGGGUUGAGUACCCCACUGAUCUCAGCUUGGAAGCGUUUUCUCCGCCGUAUUUGGCGCCGGAGUUUGAUCCGGUGCGGCCAACAAUUAGGUAUAUUACGAACAACAACGUGUUGGGGUAUAGGGUUUUUUGCUAUGUGACGUUCACGGUGCCCUAUUAUGGUUCGGCGAGCGACGUGUCGGUUAGGAUCAUUGCACCGUCGUUUUCGACGCACUCUUUUGGACAGAAUCAGAGGAUGGUGGUGUUGAAGUUGAGUGGGGUUACGUAUCUGGCCGGGGAGGCUUAUUACGCCACCGUGGUGGGGCCGUCGACGGCGGAGAUUGCGCCGCCGGGGUACUACAUGUUAUUUGUGGUGCAUAAGGGUGUGCCAAGUUCAGGUUCGUGGGUGCAAGUGAUGUAAUGUAAUGGAGAAUAAUAUGGCGUAGUUGAACAUUUGGUGAACAAAAAUGGUUGUUAAUAAUAGGUUUUUGCUAGUGUAGGUAAAUCAUGGUGAAUUCAUGUCAACCCAAAAAGAAAUCAUGAUUUUUGUUUACGUGUUGACAUGUAUGGUUAGGUUUUA